ACCUAGCUCCUUGCCACCGGCUUGGUAGAGGUGAUUAAGUAGAAUUUAACUUUGGCUUGUACAGUUUUUCUGAGAUGACCAUACCAAGAAUGUUACAAACUUCUGGAACUAUAGGUGUUUGCACAUCUGUGAGGUGGGGAUGGCAGGGGAUCAAAGCUAUAAUAGAUUAAAAUCUACAUAUUGAAAAACCAACUUGAAUAAUCAAGAGCUGUCAGAUAUUUUUAAGAACCAUGAUUUUAAAUACUCCUGUAACGAAGUGGAACAAAUGAAUAUACAAGUUAAUAAACACAUAUAGGUAAAUAAACAGAAAACCCUGGAAAUGUUUUUUUUUUUUGUUUGUGAGUCAGCUUGAGAACUGGAUGGAACUGGAUUAGGAUGCCAAGCUCUCACUGCUGAGGGCCCGGGUUCAGUCCCUGGUUGGGGAACUAAGAUCCCACAGGCUGUGCAACCUCACGGAAAAGAAGCAAACAUUCAGGACUUUCCCAAAAGAAAAAAAAAUGGAGAGUUGGGGUCCUCGUUGGUAGCCAUGGUAGAAACAGCACAUUGAGCUAUUGAGGGAUGUUUGUUUCUUUUUUAAAAAAAUUUUUGGCUACGCUGCAUGGCAUGUAGGAUCUCAGUUCCCCAGCCAGGGAUCAAACCUGUGCCCCCUGCAGUGCAAGUGCAGAGUCCUAACCACUGGACCCCCAGGGAAAUCCUGGAUGUUUGCUUCUUGAUAGUAGAAACUGUGAAAACUCACACCUUUGCGGGCAUAUCAGUAUCAGCUUCAGAAUUGGUCCUAGGCUGUGCUGUGUGUAGAGCAGAUAUCUAUUGAAAAGAUGGCUGUUUUGAGUUUUAAAAGAUGAUGUGGCAGCUUUGAGAAAGGAGAAAGAGUACUUGGACUGUGUGGGGUAUGUUCAUUUCUGUAAAGUUUAUUAGUGGUUAAAGCAGCACUUUACCUGCUCAGGUAUUGUGCGGGGUGUAGUAGGAACAGCUUUCUACCCUUCUUCCAUUCCUAGGACAAGUCACUUAGCACUUCUGACUUAAUUUCUCCAUCUGCAAAAUGGCACUCUGUUGAACCUUGAACUGUUCAGAAAUCCUUAGUGGAAUCAACCCUCCCCAAACGAUUGCUGUUUGUCAUCUGUCUGUGUUUCUGUUGGGUGCUCAGAAAUGAAGUCAACCAAGAAAGUGAUCUGUGUGAAAAUACUUUGAGAAUUGUGAGAUGAUGUAUAAACACAAAACUACUGAAAGAGACUCCUUCCCCAGCAAAACAGUAAUGAGUAUUUAAGCAACAGAUAAGAGUACUUUUUGGUCCAGAAUGAUUGGGACGAAACCUGCAGGAGAUGGGAGGAGCUGUCUGCAUAACACACACACGGUGAAGGGUCCAAGGAGGUUUCUCUGUCUCUUUUUUUAAAUUUUAUUUGUUGAAGCUGCUAGGCCUCAGUGUUUUCCUGCUUUAAUGAAGAAGGACAUUUAUACCUUUAUGCUAGGCAGAGUUUGUCUGCUUUGUGGCUGGACCUUGCAUUUAAUUUCUCUUAGUGUUUCUUUUCACUUCUGCCACUUACUAACAGAAUCUCCUUUAAACUGUCUUUUGUGAUUGUGCUGAACUCAUUGUUUUUUCUCUCUUCUUUAGAACCUGGACCUAAAGAGGGAAAUUGUUAGGGUAGAAACAAUGUAUAAAUGUAUAUGGAUCUGUUAUACUAAGUACAGUAUUUUGCUGAUCCUAAAGCUCAAGUAGGCUUCCCAGGUGGUGCUAGUGGUAAAGAACUCACCUGCCAUUAAAGGAGACGGAAGAGACCCUGGUUCCAUCCCUGGGUCUGAAAGAUCCCCUGGAGGAGGGCAUAGCAACCCACUCCAGUAUUCUGUUCUGGAGAAUCCUAUGGGUAGAAGAGCCUGAUGGGCUACAGUCCUUGGGGUUGCAAAAAGUUGGACACGACUUAAGUGACUUAGCAUGUAUGCAUGCAAAGCUCAAGUAAUGGUACUUUCUAGCUUUCUACAAAGCAUCCCUCUGCUUUUCUAGUUCAGUCUGUCUGUAUUAACAUUAGCUAAAAACGAGUUCUCUCAUGUCUAGUAAGCUCCCCCAAGCCACUGGGGGGCUGAAUGAAGGACACAAGAAAGACCACCAACCCUCUGAUAUUGAGUCUGUCUAGAGCCAGAGGGUUAAUUGCAAUUGCCAGUAAAUAGUAUUCAUUUAACAGAUACUUACAGAGCUCCAUUUGUGUGCCUGGCACUGUUGUAGGUCCUGAGCAGGCAGCUCUGGACAGGGCAGGGACCGUUCCUGCCCUCACAGAGUCCAGUGGGACCCACCCUAACCCGAAGUGAUGCCAAUUGAAAAACUCACCUGUGUGACCCUGAAAUCUGCAGUCCUCCCUGACCUCCACAACUGAAGGGAGAGCUUAAACCAGGAUGGAAAAUAAGCACAACUCUUGGGUUAUAUUAAGUAAUUUCUGUCUGUCUCUCUCAUCUUCCUCCUCUUGCCCUCCCAUUCCCCCGCCACCAGAGGUUGUGAUUCAUGUGCUAAACCUGGAGGACAGUACUCCACACUGACCAGGAAGCGGCCUGAAAAGCCAUAUCUGGCACCAUAGUCUUCCGAAUACUUAGCCACCUCUGAGUGAGAGUGCGGAGGAGGAAAUACCAUUGGAGUUAGCUUCCUGUGCAAACACAGGACUCAGAAUAACGUUGUUUGUGAAACAGAGCAGUAUAUAUAGUCUGAUCCGAAGUGGAUCAGGGCCUGUAUCUACAGGAUGGAUUUAUCCUAAGAAAUAACAUCAAGGAGUUGCCAUCUUGGGAUCCCAUGGCUUUCUCUAGCGGGCUCUGGGGCCCCUGUGUCCACAUGAGCAGAGCAUUCAGCCAGCGCUGUUUCAGCACUACUGGCAGCCUUGGCGCAAUUCAGAAGAUGACACGGGUGCGUGUGGUGGACAACAGCGCCCUGGGGAACACCCCUUACCAUCGCCCUCCUCGCUGCAUCCACGUCUAUAACAAGAACGGGGUGGGCAAGGUGGGCGACCGGAUCCUGCUGGCCAUCAAGGGGCAGAAGAAGAAGGCGCUCAUCGUGGGGCAUCGCAUGCCUGGCCCUGCAAUGACCCCCAGGUUUGACUCCAACAACGUGGUCCUCAUUGAGGACAAUGGGAACCCGGUGGGGACCCGAAUCAAGACACCUAUCCCCACCAGCCUCCGCCGGAGGGAAGGCGAGUUUUCCAAGGUCCUGGCCAUCGCUCAGAACUUCGUGUGAGCGGAGCCCAGGCGCUGGCCGCGGGGGCUCGUGGAUGGAGCCGUUCUGAGAACUGUGCCUCUGCUGAGAGGGAGCCCAGGAACAGUGUCCUGUGGGAAAAUAAACGCUUCCAUGUAUGUCUCUUCCUGAACUUUCUGGGUGUGGCCAUGGGGUAAAUGGCACUGAAACGGCUAAAAGGUGCCACUGGAGAUGGUUGGUCUUUGCCCUCAGUAGCCUGUGAGCUCACCUGGGAUUAUCAGGUGCUGGAAAAUUGAAUUAAAAGCUGAAUGUGCCAAUUUGUAGAUAAACAUUAGAACCUCACUUUCUAGCCAGGCAGACUACUUACUUGCCUUCCAGAAUGUCAUCUCCCUGCAUCAGAGGGCUGGAGGUGCUCAGUAAAGAUGACUGGAUUACUGGGUGAGCGUGAGUGAAGCAGGGGACUGAUUCCUCCAGUGGACCGUGGGCUCCCAGCUCCGAGAGAACCUGCCCAACCUGCCUUCCUCCACCACGGGUUGCCCUCUGCUAGGCCCCAGCUGCUGCUCUGGGCCCAGAGAGGACAGCUGACUGCAGGAAGUGCCCUAGCCCUGGUGUGUGCAGACCGCCUGGUGGUGGGGCUGUGCAGGGGAUUCAGUGAUAGUUUAGCUCCCAUUUGUUUGCUGGUGGUCCCCUUGUGGAGGUUCGGGCAGGGCUCAUUCCAUCCGUUUAAGUGGAAUCUUUUUCCAUUCAUUUCUACAGUCGCUCUGCACUCCCAUUGCAGGGGAGCUAAGAUGCUGCAUCCCCACGACGUGGCUAAAAAAUAAAGUCACUCCUUUAUUCGUUCAAAA